GUUCUCUCGCUCUUCAGACAGAUGUCACCACUGCCCCUCUAGUCCCAACGCCCUGAGUCUUGGACGUUGAUUCCCAACCAGAAAGUCUUCAGUGUCAACGGCAUCUCCCAACUUGGGAACAUCUAAUAUGGCUCAGUUAGGAUUCCCAAUCCUCCCCAUUCUCCUGGGUUUGACCUGGCCUCAGUUGGGAGCUGCUCAAGUUGCAAACGAUUGUGGUCAUUGCUAUAAGAUUGAUCCCGGCACCAUUGCAGGAGUUGUGCUGGGAGAUUUGUUCCUGACUUUGCUCAUUGCUCUGGGAGUCUACUACGUGGUCAGCUGUAUCUAUAAACAGCAAGCCACCAGCAGAGCAGACAAAGUUCAGCAUGAAUCUCCCUAUGAGGAACUUCAAGGGCAGCGAAUGGAUAUAUACAGUGACUUGAAAAAUCCAGGUCCCCGAAUUUCUUACAGAUAACCUUCCUCCACUUCCUUGACCUUCCAACAUUAAAUAAGGAAUUCUGAGAUUGAAGUCAUUUUCAGCAGAUCAGCUCCACUACUGUGUGCAAGCUUUCCACUGUGAACUUCUACCUGAUGGCUUUCCCUAUAUAACAUCUUGCAUUUCAAUCGACAUUUAGUCUAUUUUCAAAACUAUUUGUGUCUCCCACUACCCAUAUUUGCUAUUGUUUUAAUACGUGGGUCAUCUAGGGUCGCUUGGGCAAUGGAAGUGGCUUAGAAAUUGAACAGAUAAGUAAAUUAAAAUAGACACAUUCAGGACAAUAUUACCUGAAUCACCAUCCGUUCUACUCAUUGGUGGUCAUACCGUUGAAAGAGUUCUUCAGGAUGUGUGAACUCAAUGUUCUCCAAACAGAGAUGUUAUUUCUGCCCAGAGUCGCCUUAUAGGGGAGAUGAACAGCAUAAAAA